AGUCGUGAAAAGUCAAAGGGAAAAUAAGAAAAUAAGGUAAACGAAACUCAAUAAUGGACCAGUGCCGUGCUAGUUGCUACUGCUUAGUGCUGAGAGACUAAAAUUUGAUUUUUGUUUCCCCUUAAACUGUUAGAUCUCCCUUGUAUUUUCAACUUGUUCUCCGAUCCGAUCCGGGUUUGUAAUUCAUCAUUAUCCUGGAUUGGUGAGAAAUCAAAGCGAAAUGGCUGCUCCACCUGCUAGAGCUCGUGCCGAUUACGAUCAUCUUAUCAAAUUACUCUUGAUCGGCGAUAGCGGUGUGGGUAAAAGUUGCCUUCUUUUACGUUUCUCGGAUGGCUCCUUCACCACCAGUUUUAUUACCACUAUUGGCAUUGAUUUCAAGAUAAGGACCGUAGAACUUGACGGCAAGCGAAUCAAACUGCAAAUUUGGGAUACUGCUGGCCAGGAGCGGUUCCGAACAAUUACAACAGCUUACUACCGCGGAGCCAUGGGUAUCUUGCUGGUAUAUGAUGUGACUGAUGAGUCAUCUUUUAACAACAUCAGGAAUUGGAUCCGAAACAUUGAACAACAUGCUUCUGAUAAUGUCAACAAAAUACUUGUGGGAAACAAGGCUGAUAUGGAUGAAAGCAAACGGGCUGUUCCUACAUCCAAAGGUCAAGCACUAGCUGAUGAAUAUGGCAUUAAAUUCUUUGAGACUAGUGCCAAAACAAAUAUGAAUGUUGAGGAGGUUUUCUUUUCAAUAGCCCGGGAUAUAAAGCAAAGAAUUGCUGAAUCUGACUCAAAGGCUGAGCCUCAGACCAUCAAGAUUAAUCAACCCGACCAGACAGCAGGAGGUGCUCAGUCUGCCCAAAAAUCAGCUUGCUGUGGUUCUUAAUAGAUUGGUGGAAUUAAAGAUAGGAUUAUGGAGAAUACAUUAAACUCUUAAGUUACCGUUGGGUGGGAGGACAAAUUAAUCUUUGCCAUGACAUACUUUGUGGAAGCUAUAUUAUAUUUCUUGCUUACU